AUGGAUAAAAAGGAAGAUGUUAAGUUAUCUAAAACCAUUCUAGAAAUGAAAUUCAUGAAGAAAACCAAAGAGAAAGUAGAAAAAUUAGCUGAUGAUUUAGAAGGGAAUAAAAUGUAUUCGAAUGAAAUUACAGAAGAAAUGAGACGUACGGGAAACCUCGUCUUCAUAUCAACUAGUAUAGUUAACUGCAAGAAUCUUAUAGAUGGUAGAUUAUCAUUUGGUGGUAUGAAUCCGGAAAUAGAAAAGUUGAUGUCAAAUGAAUACACAAAACUUUUAGAAGAACAAGAACGGAAGAAAGAAAAGGAUAUAACAGAUGCUGAAAUGGCAGAGGGUUAUUCAACUUUAGUAGACACGUUAGGGAAAAAAUUCAACAAACAGAAAAAAUCCAAGUCGAAGAAAAAAUUUGUAAAACCAAAUAACAAUGAAAAGCUGCUUUAAUUUUCAUAUGUAAGUGAGCAUUUAAUAAUGAAAUAUAGAAACUGUCGCGUUUGUGUGUGUAUAUAUAGAAUUACGUAUUUGUAAAUUUUUUAAUUAAAUAUGUAAAUUAACA